AUGUAUGGUGUUAGGUGGGAGCGGCUGGAAGCGUACGCAGGCUCCUCCGUCCGCAUUUCAUCCAGGCGCGCUCUUCUCCGGCGCUCGUUUUCCGGCGUCCUGGCUGCCCGGGCCGUGGCCGUCCGAGUGGUGGCCUGGCUGCUUCUCUGGGAGGCAGCUGGGCUCACCUGCACACCCGUCGCAGCCCUCACUGCCUCCCCUGCGGUCGCCGGCAUAAGGGCUACUUGUUCUGAAAUUAUUUUGAGGCAAGAAAUUUUAAAAGAUGGUUUUCACAGAGACCUUUUAAUAAAAGUGAAAUUUGGAGAAAGCAUCGAGGACUUGCAGACCUGCCGACUCUUAAUUAAACAAUACAUCCCGACAGGACUUUUUGUGGAUCCAUAUGAGUUGGCUUCAUUACGAGAGAGAAACAUAACAGAGGCAGUGAUGGUUUCAGAAAAUUUUAAUAUAGAAGCUCCCAACUAUUUGUCCAAGGAAUCUGAAGUUCUCAUUUAUGCCAGACAAGAUUCACAGUGCAUUGAUUGUUUCCAAGCUUUUUUGCCUGUACACUACCGCUAUCAUCGGCCACAUAGUAAAGAUGGAGAAACUUUUAUUGUAGUCAAUAACCCUGAUUUGUUGAUGUAUUGUGACCAAGAGUUUCCAAUUCUGAAAUGCUGGGCUCAGUCAGAAGUGGCAGCUCCUUGUGCUUUGAAGACUAAGGAUAUUUGCCAAUGGAACAAUAUGAAAUAUAAAUCAGUAUAUAAGAAUGUGACUCUGCAGGUUCCAGUGGGACUAACUAUACAUACCUCUUUAGUAUGUUCUGUGACUUUGCUUAUUACCAUCCUGUGUUCUACUUUGAUCCUCGUUGCUGUUUUCAAAUAUGGCCAUUUCUCCCUAUAAGUUUUAUGCAGUUAAAUGCUGCUUAUAAGUCUAAAUAAGACCUAUUCAUUUGUGACUAGAAGUGUUCUUCUAGAAUUAUAUCACUACUUUUGUCUUUUGUCUUCAUUUUUAGCUAAAAUUAUGUUUACUAGAGGAAAUUUUGGGCCAUUCUCAGCUAAUUCCAAAAUUUAGUGCUCUGUUGUGUAGGCCUUUGAUAAUCCUCAAGCAUCAAGUGACAAGAGGAAACUUAAUUCUGUUAAAUUACUAUUUAUUUUGUGAUAUCUCCAUUUGGGUUAGAAAAAUGAGUUUUUUAUGUAUUAGAGACAAAUUACUCUCAUUUGGUGAAAGAAACAUUUAUAUUUAAGCUAAACAUUGAGAAAAUCAUUAUAAAUAAAAAUAAUUUGAAUGAAUCAGAGUUGACUUAAAUGUUAAUUUUAUGAGAACAUUGAAGUUAUUUAUGCAGAGUGUCAAAGAAAAUCAUUAAAGUAGAACAGUAAGAAAUUAUUAAUAUGAAAAUUGAUUAUUUCUUAAAACAUUUCCAUUCUCCUAUAUUUUAUACUGCUUUUGAAUCUAUGAAUUAACAAAGAGCUUGAUGAAACACUAAUACUAAUAUUUAGUUCUGAUUUCAUACUUAAUUUGUCAGGAAGACAAUUCAGAUUGUCAUUUUAAAGAGUAUAUUAAGUUGGCCAUUUACAAAAAAAUCUUCGUAAACAAAAGUUCUUGAUUUACUGUUGUUCUUUGGAAAAAAAGUAGAAAAUAAAAUAAGUGCCAUAAGGUAAUUAAAAAAUAAAAAGGCAAAUUUACCAUUAUAUUUGUUCAGGGCAAUUUAUUUGGACCAGGCAUGUUCCAAAACAGAAGCUAAAAAUCCAGGGUAUGUUGCAAUGCAAUUGUUUUAAAUAGAGUAAUGGGAUGUGAUAUAUGUUUAUAUAUGUUAUCACUGCUUAAUUUCCUAAAACAUUCUGGUGUUUUUAUGGGAAUAAACCUUUUAUAACUUGA